AUGAAAUUCGCUGUACUUGCUGCCCUCAUCCCGCUGCUCGGUGGUGCAUCAACCUUUGCCAUCCCUCCUUCUGCUUCUCCUGUCAACCUCAUCGCUCGUCAAACCGCAGGAUUAGACGACGUCCCGGCUGCUUGUACCUCCAAAUGCGCCAGUACCCAAGAGUUUGCACAAAGAUGUGAUGGUGGUCAAGAAGUCGAUGCGUGUCUCGAGAUCUGUCAACCUUCUCUGUUCAGCGAGUAUGAGGAGUGCGCUAGCUGUAUCAUAGAUAAUUUCGAAGGUCUCUCGGGAGAUGACGAAGCUCUUUUGGAAUCUGCUCUUGGUCAGGUCAAGGAGGAAUGUGAGAGUUUAACAUCAGGUGGUAAUGCUACUUCUUCAUCUAACUCCACCACCAUCGGCUCUGCUGCUAUCUCCGGUUCGUCGACUUCCGCUUCUAAUUCUGCUACAAGAGCUCUCAUUAGCGCCACUAGCAUCGCUUCCAGUCAUGCCUCAAGUGCUACAUCCGCUGCCACUUCUGCUGCUUCAGGAGCUUCCGCCGCCACCUCCUCGGCCGCACCAUCAGUCGGUUUCAUCGGUGUGGCUGUCGGUCUUGCGGCAAUUGCUUAG